GGCCUCUGGGAUGUGGCGUCACCAUGGGCAGUAAGAUGGCGGCUGCCGUUAGAGUCGUACAGGUAGUCAAGCCACAUACUCCCUUAAUAAAGUUCCCAGACAGAAAAAUUAGUCCCAGACCUAAAAUACUGGAAUCUCUACAAACAAGUAUGCCAUAUCUUGGUGCUUCAAAAGCACAGGAGUCUGUAGGAGGCAGAUCACCAGGAUUUCAUAAUAUUUCACCUGUUAGUAGAGUAAAAGGUAUACCAGACACUUCUGAAUUAACAAGAACCUUACCUCAGAAAUACAGAAGAAAACUAAUGUCAGAUGAAGAGAUUGAAUAUAUUCAACGUGGAGGUCCAGAAUAAAUAUGGAAGGUUGUUUACCACUGUUGAAGAAUGAAAUAUUAUAUUCAAAAUAAAGGCGUUUUCUUAAUAUUA